GACCAGUCCACAGUCUGCAACGGGCGCUCGAAUCGUAUACCCGUCGAUCUGGCCUAAUCGAUUUACGGCGCCGAUACUUCGCCGCGAGUGAUACUUUACUUGCCUCUAGUGAUCGUGAAGUGACGCGAAAGUGAUUUGUGAACAAUUGCAAGGAUAUCGGGAGCAAAUCUGGAGCGACACAUUAUCAACGGGAGGUAAACAGCCAUACGGCGCAUUUGGUGGUGAGUGAUUACCGUCACUCAUCAUCAUCUCAGCCAAGAAGCUGCCUACCGCUUCAAAGGCAUAAGAGGCGUGUGUGAUGCAGCGAUGGCAGCGUUCUCGGUGAGGGUGGCGGUGCUCUGCGCAUGCGCAUUGCUCCUGCAAAAUGCAAGCGCUGAGCUGAAAGGGAGAUGUCCAACUGAAGAGAGUUCGUGUCCAGCGCGAGCGGCACCUUGCAGCUCCGAUGAUGAGUGUGGCGAACAAGUGUGCUGCUCAACCAAUUGUGGACGAACUUGUGUCGAUCCGCUGUUUACUGGUUGUGAGAACGUUAAGCUAUCGACGGAGCGGAUUUCCAGAGCUUUGGCUGCGGAGAACGGUCGCGGUGGCAGGGGCUUGAUGCCUUCUCUUCGAACUCCACGUUGCAGGGUCAGCGACGGAGAAUUCGAGGAGAUCCAGUGCGAUAACGAGAUCGUCAGCUCGUGCUGGUGUGUCGAUGCCGCUGGAUUUGAGGUACCCGGUACUAGAGCGCCGGCAGCUGGUCUGGUGAAUUGCACGAGGUCGGCUCCAUGUGCUGCUCACACUUGCCGGAUGCUGUGCCCGCUGGGCUUCGAGCUCGACUCUCGAGGGUGUCCGCUCUGUAAAUGCCGAGAUCCGUGUGCAUCCAUCACUUGUCCUGGGCAAUUGUCUUGCCAGCUUGAGGAAACUCCUUGCUUGAGACCGCCGUGUCCACCAGUGCCUACAUGUAAACGUGGAAGGAGUCUGCAAAAUAUAUGUCCUGUCGGCGAACCCUUAUUAAUCUCAGAAACAAGUCGACCAUUCCUCUGUGGUACUGAUCCGGGAAAACCAAACUGUCCACCUCUGUAUAGAUGUCUUGUCGAAUCAGGAAACGACUACGGAGUUUGUUGCCCAGCAUCUUUAGAGCUGCAAAAGGCCGGCACUUGUCCGGAGCCGGCCACGAAGGAUCUCGACUGUAGCACACCUUGCAGCCACGACUUAGAAUGUCCUUCCAUGCAAAAAUGCUGUGACGGCGGGGAGUGUGGCAGGCACUGCGUCCUUCCGCACAACGUCACUAUGUGCACGCAGCAGAAGAUGCUCGCAGAGCUGUUGGUCGUUAGUGAGAGAGAAGGAAAAGGCUACGUGCCGCAAUGUGCAGCUAAUGGCUCAUUCGAAUCUCGGCAGUGCUCUAGGAACGGAUUAGUUUGUUGGUGCGUUGAUACGGAUGGAAAUAAGCUACGAGGUUCCAUGGGACCAUCAGCUACGGUUCAUUGUUCUCCAACUCCACUGUCAGCCAGGAGUGGUGCUCGUAGCCUCAGCUCUUGCGCACGGUCUCUGUGCGCUGGUAUAUGUGAAUACGGGUACAGGACGGGUCCUGAUGGGUGUCCGUCAUGCGAGUGCGAUGACCCGUGCGCUGGUUUCCCUUGCGCUGACGGAGAAGAGUGCGUACGAGUUAAAGACUCUGAGUGCUCUGGUGAAUUCUGUACUGGAUAUCCUGUAUGUCGUCCAAAAGUAUCGUACGAGAACCCUUGUGAACUCGGAGCUCCUGCUACGGACGACGAUGGCUCUGUGAUCAGAUGUGGAGCCGAUGGAGACUGUCCGUCAUCACACAACUGCAUCCGUACCAGACGUAGUGGAAACGCGCUCUGUUGCCCCGACCCGGCUUAUCUAAACUCAACCGAUGCUGAUCUUAUGGAGAUAAGCUACGAAUCGUGUGGCUCUGAGGCUGAAGCUCUCUGCGGCUUGAACUCCACCAUGAGCUGUCCUGAAGGUGACUGUGACAACGACUUAGUGUGUUGUUCUACAGCGUCCUGUGGACCAGUCUGUGUUGAUCCCGCUAAGAUGCGACUCCAAGCUGAUCGGGUCGAUGACACUCCUACAAUGUGCGAAUACCUGAGAGACUUUGACGAGAAAAUGGAAGGGACAGUGGACGGCAUGAAGCUGGCUCUACCGGCACCAACCUGCCAACAGGACGGCUCCUUCACAUCGCAGCAGUGCGCCAACGGUAGAUGUUGGUGUGUCGAUUCGUUUGGCACUGAGAUACCUGAGACCAGUACCCAUAACGCAUCUGCAGUGGAUUGUGAUAAAGUUCGCGAAGAGCUAUCAUGCUUGGAGUUGACCUGCCGCAUGGGUUGCGACUAUGGCUUCGAGCUCGGAGCCGGUCGUUGUCCGACUUGUAAAUGCCGGGAUCCUUGUUCAGGAGUGACGUGUCCGGCCGGUAGAGCCUGUGCCACAGUCGACGUCGCUUGUGACGCAGAUUAUUGUCCUCCCGUACCUGCAUGUUUGCCAAAGAAAUCCGGUCAGUGUCCAUACUUAGUGCCUCAGAGCGGAGCGUGUGAGUGGUCGUGUCGGAGCGACGCCGAGUGCUCCGGGGGGGAGAGGUGCUGCGCCACCGGAUGUGGGACUGCUUGUACGCAGCCCGUCCACCAGACAGCUUGCCAACAGAGAAGAGCUCUAGCGCUUCAUACGGCCGCUGAAAGCGGAAACCCUCCCGCUUGGGCCUGGGUCCCGCAGUGUACGGAGGACGGUGCUUACCAAGAAGUUCAGUGCAGAAGAUCUGACAAGACAUGCUGGUGUGUCGAUACUGCUGGUAACGAGAUCCCCGGUACAAGAACUAGCAACUCCACACCGACUUGUGCCUCUCCAAUCGAAUGUCCGGAAACGAAUUGCAAUGACAUUACCGCCUGUGCUCAUGGACAAGAGCUGGACCGCAGAGGCUGUCCCACUUGUGAAUGUAGGGACCCCUGCGCCGAAGCCAAGUGCAAACCUGAUGAAUCUUGCGAAUUAGUGCCUUUGGAUUGCGAGGGUGCAGUGUGUCCGCCGUUGGCUCGAUGCGCGCCGUCCCUGCGGUGCCCGGACAGCACCACGCCGCUUGGAGCGCCGGACGGCUCAGGAUCAUUGAUAUGCGGACCUAACGCUGCGGCUUGUCCAUCCACACACGCUUGCAGAUUCGCCCCGCACGACUCUGGACCAAAUGUUUGCUGCCCCAAGCCUCGUACCGUCUGCUUCGAGAGCAAAGACGAGGGUAAUUGCACGGAGGGACAAGUGUUGAACACGACAAGAUGGCACUUCAAUCACGAGCGGAACAGAUGCGAGAGGUUCCGCUACCACGGAUGCAGCGGAAACCACAACAAUUUCAGGACCAAGGACGAAUGCAACGCCGUAUGUCCCGUCGAAGGACAAUCCUCAAAAAUAACGAGAGUUCAGAAACCGAAGGAAGACGCCGGACAAGUACUUAGUCCAUGCGAAAGACUGCGAGAGAAAAACGAAGCGGCAGCACUGAAGUACGGAAAGGGCACCUUCAUACCGGUUUGUGACGCCAGUGGCGCUUGGGAGCCAGUGCAGUGCAUGUCGCAUAUCGAUGUGUGUUGGUGCGUGAGCGCCCGCGGUGAGCCAUUAAAAGGCUCUCUGGUACGAGGAUCCAAGCCUUCCUGCAACUUCCGGCAGGCCCGUAAAUGGAUACAAAAAGACCCUUUCGAUGAGAAAGCCAAAGCUGAUGAAGUUCUAGAAGAGCUUAUAAGACAAAUGACCGCUUAUCGAGUUGAUGAAUUUGAAGAAGACGAUGCAGAUUUAGAUGAAGACUUAGCAGAAGCGAGGAGCACAGCGGAUUUUGUCGACAAAGAAGCACAAAACGAAGAAGCCAUACUCGUAUCUGAAUUUGUUGAGCCCAAACAGGCUUUAACCACCAGGAAAAUGGAUAGGCCACUAGUACUGGAGGAAAAGAUUUCAUUUAAAACGAAAUGUCAGAUGUUACAAGCAGAGAUUGAUAAUGGAUCGGAAGGGUAUCGUCCCCGCUGCCUGUCGGACGGCUCGUUCUCUCCGCGCCAGUGCGUCCGCGGCAGGUGCUGGUGCGUGGACGCCGCCGGAGAGAGGAGACACCACGCCGGUCCAGUGCCUGAUCUUCCCGCCCCUGAUCCUUGUGAACGAACGCAAAUAGAAUCCGCUAAGCUCGAACUGAAGCUGAUAGGCGUUGACGAUUCAGUAGCUCAGCGCUCGUCGGGUGUACUGGCCGUAAAGUUGGCCGCGCUCGGCGCCCGCGUGCCCGUCUCCGUCACCAAGGACAGGGGGGCGACCCGGCUACGCGUGUCCCUGUAUGGACCCAAGUCUGUCGACCGAGUCUAUUAUAUCGAGAACCUGGUUCAACAAGAAAAGCUAUCCAAUAGCGAUUCUGAAGAUUCACUGAGAGCGGACGUUGUCAGUGCGGAGUACACAUUGUCCUUGCCGACACCCGCCUUACAACAAAGAGAAAUACUUAGUGAAUCUACAGUGUCAGCGGCAACAUCGUAUCACACAGCGCUAAUAGUCCUCGCAGCAACCUCAGCGUUCAUCAUCAGCAUCCUCUGUGUACUCGUGAUGUUAUACCGAGCGAGACUACAGAGAGAGCCUCAUAAAGCCGAGAGAUUCCUUCCACCAGCUCCGCCAGUAUAUGUGCUCUCCGCUGACGAGAAAGCUGAACUUGCGAGGGUCUUGCACGCUCCACCACCCCCGAUCCCGCCACAGAGUGACGAUUCGAAAGUAUAAUGAAACAACAGCGAAAUCUUUGCGUGAAUUAGAAACUGUUAAAAAAACAGGUGUGAGAUUUUUAUUUCGUAAAUAAAAAAAUUGUGCGCGUGCAGCUUGGUGCAUGUGAAAUAAGUGAAACUUCCUUAUGCGGUGUGUAGUAUUGUGGUUUUCUUCAUUUUUCAUCCUUAAAUAAAAUUUGUCUUGUAAUAGGGAAUACAACAUUCCCUAUUACAAGAGAUCUAGCUCGCUUUGUCGUUUCCCUCUUUCCACGGUAGAGUAGUUCGCGAAACGCUCUGUCUAUUUUCUCACUCUCACUCUUCCUAAAUUGUAUCUCUUCUCUCUAGCCGUAACGAAUCUGUCGCGAGUUAAAUUUUACUCUAAGCUCGCUUAAAGAAGUUUCACUUCAAAAUCUGUAGCAAUUUGUCAAAAGCGUACUGCAUGUGUACAACAGGAUCCUUGUCAUUUACCCUGUUUGAAAAUUCACGCAAAUUGAUGUUAAUAUUCUAUAUCUUUCACAAUCUUUCGUUUAAGCUACUUACCUACACGAAAUUGUAAAUUUAGUCAAACAUACAAAAAGUGAUUCUAGGGUCCAAUUAAAAUUGCCUAGAGUUUUAGUAUGGCGAUAUUAAACUAUCUUUAAAAGACAAAAAUAACUAAAAUGACAAUCUUUUUUAAUCUAAAUUGUUGGGAAACAGUUCAAGCAUGGCAACACAAAACUUACGACUUUACAGUAGUGUUGCCACACAUCACAUUACUCGAACAUUGGUAAAUAAAUUUAGACAUUGUCAUUGUUUGUUCAUAGUUAAUUUGAAAUACAAUUCAUUUUAUGUCCAACCCACACACAUAGAUUGGCCUUUAUGACUGUGAUAGCCAUAUUUCAUUCAUAUUAAAUGCUAGAGGAUACCUUAAAAUGGUAAUGGUCAACAGACGACUUCCUUUAAUAACAUCAACAAUAAAUCAAUUAGCCAGAGAUAAAUACGGCCGUUAUCGGAAUUACACGGAAAUAAAAAGCAAACUUAGAUUGAAAAGUCAAAAUAAAAUAAUUUUCCGUGCACGGUUAUAACCUUAUAACCACGGUUAUAACUUUUACAACCUGAUGUUCGGGUUUACGCCUCCUAUUGCAAUAUUGGCUAUCGAAACAAAAAAUUCUUGCGUUGAAAAUUCGUCUAUUUAAAGCACUAUUAUAUACAAGACUUUCAAUUCAUCAAACCGUCCGAAUUACAUUAAAGUUCUACAAAAAAACUAAGUUUAGUUCGCAAUACGUACACCUAACUUAGACACACAGACAGAUAAUUUUCAGACGCCAACAAUCAUUAAAACGCCGACUCUAAUUGAAUCCAAAGAGAAAUACAUAAAAGCAUUUUUUUUCUUUCUUUCUCAUAAAAUAACUUAAGUUUCGUAAGUGUAAGUACUCAUAGGGAAGUGCAGAAGCGAGGGUGGACUGUUUACAUGUGCUCUCUCUUUUACGCUCCCCUAAGUUCCUUUCGUUGGGUCUCGCUCUUUCAUUCUAUUCCAAACGUUAUGUUCCACUGAGCCUUUUCCAAAAGAACGUGGCUCGACGUAGAACUAAUCUAGUCUAUUUUUCAUUCAUAAUUUAAAAAAAUAAACUCAUAUCAUCACAAAUAAGCUUCCAUUCAUUAUAUUUGUUGUUAAUAAAUAAAACGUACGUAAAAUUCUAAAUAAAUUUAGAAAAAUAUUAGGUUUAUUGUAUGCAUUAAAUAGAGGUAAUUAAUUCUGAAGGGACACAUUUUCAUUUGUUAGAUCCAAAAAAAUCUAGACUAUAGUAUAUUCAAUGUAUAGUGUGUGCUUUCAGAAUUAUUUUAUACCUUGAAUAUUUAUGGUAUACUCACUAAUAUCUCUAUAUUAAAUUUUCUCUUGAAAUGAUCGAUCGAAAGAAAAUAGUAGUUUAAGAAUAUAAAUUUAUAUCUAAUCAUGUAUUAUCGAAAAUUGGAUAAAUCGUUUUAUGUAUUAAG